AUGGCACCAAUUAAAAACCUAAUUUUUAUCUUCUAAAUUAUACAUAAUUUGCCAGAUAAAGUAAGAUAAAAAAUAUUUUUUAUUUAAAUUUUAAAAAAAUUAAGUCAUUUAUUGUUGAACGAAGCCCUAACAAUGACAAUCAAAAUUUGGGCUAGAAGUGAAGAUGGUACUAUAGAUUAUAUCUCUCUAACAAAAGAAUAUGUACCAGGAGCCCUAAAUGUUCUUAGAAAAUCGUUUUAUCGCGAAGAAAGCGACUGCCUAGCGGCAGGUGUGGCAAACAGCGAGGAUGCUAUGUGCGAAGUGGAUAAUUUUAUGACUAAUAUGGCAAAACAUGGAGUUUCCAUUGUAGCGGUGGAGAGGAAAACAAAUACUGUAUGUGGUGUCGCAGUCAACGAAAUUCGAGAGAUCAAUACCCAUCCCGUAGUCACACAUUGUGUCGAUAAGGCAAGGCACACAGCUACCAAAAGUUUUUUGAAAUAUGUAGAAGAAGCGGACGAUCUCCUCAGCAUUUUUGAAAAUUGCAAAGUCGAUUGCUACAUAGAAUUAUUUUGCUUAUCCAUAUUACCAGAAUACAGAAGAAGAGGAAUUGCUUUGACAUUAGCGAAAGUAACUGAAGAACUGACUCGACAACUAUCUCAUGGGAAACCUGUGAAACAGUCAUUAGAUGACAGUGAUCUGCCUUUAGAACCCAUACCAAAAAUGAUUGCUGUUAUUUUUACAACCCACGGAUCCAAGAGACUAGGUGAAAAAGUUGGAUGGGAAAGUGCUCGUAGUUUAAAAAUGAGUUUUACCAAAGACGAUACAGACUGUUUUAAUGUUAUGUUUAAAAAAAUGUCUAACAGUAAGGUCUAAACUUAUGCUAUCGUUGUAUAAAGAGAACCACAGCGAAAUUCUACAGUUGUGUUUUAACGAUAUUUUUUUAUUAAUAAACUUCAAAAACUAA